CAUUCAAAAAACGUGUCAAUACAAUAAUUUUCUUUCAAUCCGAACUCCGAAACUUUUCCCCCCUUUUCUUUAUUUUGUUUUGGUUUCUGAAAAUUCCAAUUCAUUAGAAUAACAACAUUACAGCGUCACUUUCUUUUUUGUUUCCCUCCAGAAUUUCCUGAGAAACAAACAAAGAUUUAACUAUCAGAAAGCUCCAUCUGCUAAUUCUUCUCCAAUCAAACAGCGGUUUAGAUAACUGCCCCCGAGUUUAUCCAUUUGACUUGUUUUAGCAAAAAAGCAGAUAAAAAUCCUAUUUUUUUUCUUCGGAUUAUAGGGUUUAGAAAAUUUUCAUCUUCGAAUUUUCAAUCGGAUUUUGUCUGAGAAAAAAAUGAUGAGAAGACCACAGCAAAAUCAUCGACUUCAGGAUCAGCAAUCAAGGGUUUUCUACGAGUUGUCGGCGCUGCUUCUGAAUCUUCUACGAUUGCCUCCGAAGCCGAUGCCUUUCACCGAACAAUCUCCGUCGCCGACGAGGCCUCAUCCCCCAACGACAUCGAUGGCGACAACGAAGAUAUCGCCGGCGGGAUUCGCUUGGCUGAUGUUAGGGAUAUCGGUUUCGUUGAUGCUGUGUGGUUCAGUCACUUUCUUUAUAGGGUUCAUGUUGAUGCCUUGGGUUCUUGGUUUGGUCAUGGUAUUUUAUGUUGCUGGCAUUGUUUCCAUGGUUUCCAUGUUGGGUCGUUCUAUUCUUUGUUACGCCAUGGCCUCUCCUUCACCGCGAAAGGAAAUUCCCGCAUGGAAACUUUUGUGAAGAGAAAAGGUGGCUCGGACAGAGAGUUGGAACGCCACGGAGAUUCGAGCAGCACUUGGGUUAUUGCUAGUGGAUUUACCAGGUUUCUUCAAGUAUUAAUGCAGGAAAUGUGGAUAACAUACAGUUCAAAUGUUAGUGAAGUAUGUGGAUGUGGCUUCUUUGUCUAGUUAAAGUAGUGACUUGUCAAAAGAUUUAACUGAUCAAUGUGUCUUGUUUUCUUAUUUGCGAGAGGAAACGGGACAGUUAUUUCCCAUUUCUUUUCUAUAUUCAAUUUCCAUUGGAUAGGCCUCUGUCUCUCUCUCUCUCUAUUUUUUUUUACUGUUAGGGAACAAACUAAAUAGAAAUAUUUUUUUAACGGCACAGACGGCAUUUUAAAUUUGGCUUGUCUACAGUGCCUUCUCCAUCGUUAACGUGGUCAAUAUGCAGGGUCAAUUUAAAGGGAAGUUCUUUGAAAACCAAAGGUUCUUUUUGUUGUUUGUUUGCUUGUUUUUUUUUUUUCUGUUUCAAAAUCUUCAGAAUUAAUCGGCAUCGAUAUUCUUAUCCAAAAAGGCAGAUGAAAACGAGCAAAAAAGGUAUUUUUACAAUAUCGAAGGGACAGGUGUGAAUAAAGAGGGCUUUGCUGCUGCUGGAUUACACGACUUCCUCUCACCCUUGUUUUAAGUUAUUUUAGUUCUAUAAAAUGGCAGAGCCAUUACGGCAUAACCCAACUGCCUCCUUUGUUGUUUUCUUUGAUAUUAAACAGUCAGUGCUCAACUCAACUCCGCUUAACAAAGUGAACAAACUUCUGAUCUUAUCAGUUAAUCAGGCAAGAGCUUGGGUAAUUGGAAAUAUCAGAUAUCGAAGGCAAAAACAGAGACUCGGAACACGAACAAUAAUGUUAUUUGUCCAAUUAUUCAUAUUAUUCUAACACUGCAUUACAAAGCACAUUAAGAGGAAGCAUCAAGAGUAAUAGAUCGCAACCACUACCAAACCAAAGUAAAACCAUCACUUUCCAUUAACAAAUCACCAGGAUAAUCAAAGACGCAGAAACGAGAAACAUAACACUAUAAAAAGGAAAAAAAAAAAAAAAA